UAUUUAUUGCGUAUAAUUCAGUUUCAGAUUGUAAAAUUUAUGCAAAUAUCUAAUCAGUAAUGGAUAAUUAACAUCCAACAGCAACAAACAUAUUAUUUUUUCAAUUGGUUUCUGAUUUUUUUUACCUCAAAAAACUGCCUUAAAACAAGGGAAAAUUGUUGAUAUGCAAAACAGUAGUAAUAAUGGCGGUGAUUCUGCUAAGGGAAACAAUUUUUUGGGAUUGAAAAGCUUUAUAAGGAGAAAACAUGUUGAUUCUGUUCUUGUUAAGAGAGAAGGUACUCAGCAGUUGGCUAAGAAGCUAAAUUUUAUUGACCUCAUUGCCAUUGGAGUUGGAGCUACAAUUGGAGCUGGAGUGUAUAUUCUAGUUGGAACUGUUGCUAGAGAGCAAACAGGACCAGCUCUUACUAUUUCAUUCCUUAUAGCUGGACUAGCUGCUGCUCUCUCUGCAUUUUGUUAUGCCGAACUCGCUUGUCGGUGCCCGUCUGCUGGGAGUGCCUAUCAUUACACUUACAUCUGCAUUGGAGAAGGUACUGCCUGGUUAGUUGGUUGGUCAUUGAUUCUUGAAUAUACUAUUGGUGGCUCAGCUAUUGCUCGCGGUCUAACCCCAAAUCUGGCUCUUUUCUUUGGCGGUAUGGAUAAUCUACCUUCUUAUUUGGCUCGCCAUACAAUCCCUGGGCUUGGUGUUGUAGUAGACCCUGCUGCUGCAGUGUUGGUUCUAAUUGUCACUGUACUUCUGUGCAUGGGAAUCAAGGAGAGUUCAUUGGCCCAAGCCGUUGUUACAACAAUUAAUAUUUUUGGGAUGCUUUUCAUUGUAAUAGCUGGUGGAUAUUUAGCUUUCAAGACUGGAUGGGUUGGAUAUGAACUUCCUAGUGGGUAUUUCCCUCUUGGUUUAAAUGGGAUGCUUGCAGGAUCUGGAGUGGUGUUCUUUUCUUUCAUUGGUUUUGAUAUUGUUGCCAGCACAGCUGAAGAGGUGAAAAAUCCUCAGCGAGAUUUGCCUCUGGGUAUAGGAAUUUCUUUGUCUCUAUGUUGCAUUUUGUACAUGCUUGUGUCUAUUGUUAUUGUUGGCUUGGUCCCAUACUUUGCGCUGGAUCCAGAUACACCUAUCUCUUCGGCGUUUGCUUCUCAUGGGAUGCAAUGGGCCGUGUACAUAAUUACCACUGGGGCAGUAACUGCUCUUUGUGCGAGCUUAAUGGGCUCGCUUCUUCCACAGCCCCGGAUGUUUAUGGCAAUGGCUAGAGAUGGAUUGUUGCCAUCAUUUUUCUCAGACAUUAAUGAACACACUCAAGUACCAGUUAAGAGCACAAUAGCAAUCGGUAUUCUAGCUGCAGCCCUGGCCUUUUUUAUGGAUGUUUCACAGUUAGCAGGGAUGGUUAGUGUAGGUACCCUUCUUGCAUUCACUGCUGUUGCUGUUUCAGUCUUGAUACUUAGAUAUGUUCCACCAGACGAGGUCCCCCUCCCAUCUUCAUUUCAUGAGUCAUUUGAUUACAUGCCUCUUCAAUCUAGUGGCAAUAUUCAGGAGGUUGCCAGUCAAGACUCUAAGGAUUCUGUCAUUUACAGUGGAAGCGGUCAGCUUUUUCUUGAUAAAGGAGAAUCAUCAAUUCAACAUCCUCUUCUUCAGAUACACAUAGCUCAAGGUGUACAGAAUCAACUAAAGAGGCGAAAAAUUGCAGCUUGGAGCAUAACAACUAUUUGCAUAGGGGUUCUUAUCCUUACAUCAGCAGCUUCAUUUGAAUUCCUUCCCAGCCUCGUGCGCUUCUCAUUGUGUACAGUGGGUGGAGCGCUUCUCUUGUGUAGUUUGAUUGUUCUAGCUUGCAUAUCUCAGGAUGAUGCAAGACACAGCUUUGGACACUCAGGAGGAUUCAUUUGCCCGUAUGUUCCGUACUUACCUGUUGCUUGCAUUCUUGUGAACACCUACAUAUUAGUUAAUCUGGGUGGCAGUACAUGGAUCCGUGUUCUGGUAUGGCUGCUAGCAGGGGAAUUAGUAUAUUUAUUUUACGGUCAGAAGCACAGUUCACUGCUCGAUUCUGUUUAUGUUUCUGCCGCUUAUGCUGAUGAGAUCUACCGCAGCUCAUCAAACCAUCUUGUGUAGAUAUUAUUUCAAGUCGCUCUAUGUACAUUCAUUUCUGAUCUUCAAGAUGCACUCUGAAUUUAACUAGAGUGUCAUUGGUUAUGACAAAAUUAUUUGACCAAUGAAUCGAAGUCGAUCUCUUGCCUGUAACUUAGCAUACAAGUGGGAGGCAUGCGGCUACUAGUCUUAUAGAAAGUUGUAAAUAAGCUUAUAAAUCCUACAUGUGAAUUGUAUACUAAUAGGUCUACCUCAACAAAAAUUAAAAAAGAACACUUGUUUAUUCUCUCUUUUCAUGGUUCAGUAAGAUGGUAAUGAGGACUUAA